AGUAGGUCGGAUUCAGGGUUGAGCCAGACGGCGGUGUGGAGGAAGCAAGAGUCGUGUAUAUUAAUAAAUCAUAAAGAAACGGAGUGUAAAGCAUGUAUGUCGCGGUGAAAUGCGCAUUUUUAGGGUGUUCCGGAUGAAUGAGGGAAACAUGGCGGCGCUGUCCGGGCUGCGGAGGCAGUGUUUUCUCUACUUGACGCACCUGAGACAAACUCCUUUGUGUGGUUUCCUCCACUGGAGAACUGCCAGGGGCCUCUGUAGCAGUAGCGUAGAUUCCAAGUCCCCUGACCGUCCCUCCCUCGCGGAUGGCAGCGGUGCUGACCCUCCGGCCCUGGGCCUGCCCCCCACGCCCCCCACGCACUGUUGCAUGAGCGGCUGCAACAACUGCGUGUGGAUAAACUACGCCGAGGAGCUCCUAGCGUACUACCAGGAUGGCGGCGAGAGGGCCCUGGACGCCAUCGAGCAGAACGUGCAGGACGAGAACUUGAAGACCUUUCUGAAGAUGGAGCUACAGCUAAUGAAGAAAUCGUGACAGCGUUUGAUCGUGUGUGUGUGUGUGCGCGCGCAUGCGCGCGCAUGCAAGUUUUUAAUAUGGCUGACACUUGUCUCUUUUCGGGGAAAAGGUGCUGAACUUUGUGUGAGUUUCAAAGGAAGGAAAAUGUCAGGUCCUACAUGGUCAUGUGACCCUCUUCCUGUGGGGUAAUUCUUCCUGUGGUGGUUUCCUCCAAUCCUAAAAUGUGUUGACACGCCACUUUGAGAUGUUACUCUUUUGGAGAAGUUUUACCUGGAAACUUACUGGAUCAGCAAAUACGGUCCACUGGGGCGCUAUUUACGCACAACAUUUGUGUUGGCUGUUGCUGCCAUGGAGGGGGGUGACAGGAAGAUCUCAUGGAAGUUCUGGAGGAGAGACAAGUUUUAGGAAGCUGUUUGGAAUUUCCUUAUAGUGUGUAAAUGUUUGUAGAUGCUCUGUUGAAACCACUUUGACCCCUGGCAUUUAAUAGAGGUAACACUUUUUGAGGGACCUGCAUACAAGGUGUUUAAUCCCAGAGUUAAUAGCAAUAAUUCUGAGGCUUUAAAAGCACGAAAUUCAGUGUUUACAAAUUUACUGGAUUUAACAUGUUGGUACUAGGGAGAUUUAUAGGAGAAUUUGAAGGUUCAGUAUUUACUUGACAAGUGUUUGUGGAAGAUCAAGUGUCCUGAAUGAGCUCCUCAGCUUCUUUCAGCCUACCUGCAUUUACACUUAUGAAUUUAGCAGGCACUUACUACUCAGAGCAGACAACCUUCAUUCGGUGACGGCGACAUGAGUACAUCUCCCAUUUCUUGCGCUAUUGUACUGAUCUUCUCGACCUCACCAACACUCUAUCCUCAUUAGCCUGCUCGUCUUCUAUCACGAGAACCUCACCGUCAUGAAAGCUGGCAUCAGCAAUCCUUUUAUAUAAUUAUGCACUACAGCACAGUGCAGUACUUUUAUUAUAUUAGAAUUAAACAGAUUUUUUAAUAUAUGCUGAAAUUACCAUAUUCAGUACGCUGUACUGUGUGUAAUUAGAGACUAUGUUUAUUAUUCAAAAUCACUUAAUAAAUACAAUGAAUAAUAAAGUGUGUGUUGAGGGAAAAGCAUGCAAGGGAGCAGGUGUCACUCUGGUAUUGACCCCUGUUUUGUGUGCUGUACUCCAGGAGGUUGACAGGCGUUGUCCUUGGGUUCUGCGCCGGUCUGUUCCGGGGUUCACACACCACAGGACUUUUCCACACCUUUCUGGGAAAAAUGAAGUUGACCCCACACUUCACUUAAACAUUGCUGUGCCUUUUACCCAGAUCUGAAGCACUUGCAGUCUGAAUUGUCUUCAAGUUGAUGGCAGGUGCCAGGAGGAGGACCUGCUGCUAUACUUUAUUUUUGGCCAGUACCUCAUGUUAUCACCACCCCCAGUAUUCACCCCUCAUUCCAGCAGUUGUGUGAAAUGUAAUAACAUCUUUAAUGUCCUGCAGUGCUCCUCAUUUCUAGUGUAAGCGAGAUGUUGCUUUAUUAUGUCGCGUAUCUAUUAUUAAAGGCUUAACUGUUCACAUGAGAACGUUUCACCAUUUGUAAAUUCAAGCACGUUAUUUUGAAUUUAGCACAAGCAAACCAAAGUAAUGACUAUUAUAUAGUCUGUAUAUGUAUAAUUCUAUUUGUUUAGUUUGAAUACAGUUUGUGCAGUGUUUUAAUUCAGUGUUUCCUGUAGGCUGACAUUGCUAAGGACUUCGCAGACACUCUGUUCUCUGUUGACGUCCUGUGACCCAAGCCUCAGAGGCAAUGCCUUUGAUAAGACCCCCAAAGUCAUGCUCCUCUCUGUGAUAUCUUGAAGAAAUAGUCACUGUGUCGCUGAGAAACGCAGCCAGGGAGCAGCAGGGUGAGAGACAAGAUUCCAACUUAAAUGCACACUUGCAGUUGAAGCACUUUUUAAUGCAGCUGAAGAAAUUUUUAGUGCACAGUGUAUUUAUUUGUUC